CCCAAGCGUCUCGCUAGGGUUUCCCUCUUUUAAUCCCCUGCCGCCGCCACCCGCCACUCUCGGCACCCGACCCUCCCAUCUCCUCGCUCCGCCGCCGCCGCCACCGAAGGGUCCAAUCGCCGCGUCGCCCAUGGCGUCGGAGAAGAAGCAGGCGAACCCUAUGCGGGAGAUCAAGGUGCAGAAGCUGGUGCUCAACAUCUCCGUCGGAGAGAGCGGGGAUCGUCUCACCCGUGCCGCCAAGGUCUUGGAGCAACUGAGUGGCCAGUCACCAGUGUUCUCUAAGGCUCGGUACACUGUCCGUUCCUUUGGUAUCAGGCGUAAUGAGAAGAUUGCCUGCUAUGUUACUGUAAGGGGUGAGAAGGCAAUGCAGCUUCUGGAGAGUGGACUGAAGGUCAAGGAGUAUGAAUUGCUGAGGAGGAACUUCAGUGAGACAGGGUGCUUUGGUUUUGGUAUCCAGGAGCACAUUGAUCUUGGCAUCAAGUAUGAUCCUUCCACUGGUAUUUAUGGAAUGGACUUCUACGUCGUCCUUGAGCGCGCUGGGUACCGCGUUGCCCGCCGCCGCAGGUGCAAGUCCCGUGUUGGGAUCCAGCACAGGGUGACCAAGGAGGACGCCAUGAAGUGGUUCCAGGUGAAGUACGAAGGUGUCAUCCUCAACAAGGCCCAGGCUAACACUUCUUAGAAUCCGCGGUGUGUAGUCCCAUCCAUUAGACAUGUUACCGUGGCAGACGAUUUCACCUCUGUGGAAGUUUUCGGUCUACUUUGUGCAAUAUUAUUUACCAAGACUAGGUACUCGAAUCAGUUUUGGAGUGAGGACCUUAUGGUCACUCUGUUUUGUUUGGUUUGCGCAUUGUGGUGCUUGAGAUGAUCAUCGAUAUGUUAGUGCUCAGCCGUA